CCAUCACUCUUUUUUCUUUUUCAUACAAGUUUUUUACAAAAACUCCUUUUUUGUUUCACCCCUCAAAUAUUUUUCCGAAUUUCAAUCGCCAUUGACGAAAAAGCUCGAACUAAUGGAGGACAUUCUCUCACCUACCGAUAAGCAGAGCAUGGUUACUUCUUUCCUUGAGAUCGCCGUCGGUCAGACCGUAGAUACUGCCCACCAAUUUUUGCAGGCAACCGGCUGGAAGCUUGAAGAAGCUAUUCAGCUAUUCUAUGUGGGGCAUGAAGGUGGGGAAAUGGCGUCGUCAUCUUAUUUCCCCCCAGUAGAGAAUGCUACUCCUUUAGCUGAUAAGAGCUCAAGUGGAUCUGAUGAGGGGAUAGCAAAGGAAUUAAGCGAACUAAAUGGUGGUGAUGAUGUCCGUCCACCUUUACCUGUGAUAAGAGAGGCCCUUUAUGAUGAUACUAUGCUAUACGGAGCCACAAGAGUAGCGUAUCCAUCACAUGGACCGAGUUCUGUGGUUGCCUUUCGCAACUUUGAGGAGGAAAUGAAACACCCUGCUGUAUGGGAGUCUGAGCAAGGUGGUAGUUCUACAACGGAGAGUUCUCGAGACAAUCUUGCUGCUUUGUAUCGUCCUCCUUUUGCUAUAAUGCAUCAGGGUUCUUUUGAAAAGGCAAAACUUGCCGCUGCUGCUGAGGACAAGUGGCUCCUGGCAAAUUUGCAAUCUCCUACGGAAUUUAGCUCACAUAUGCUUAACAGAGAUACCUGGGCAAAUGAAGCUGUGGCCCAAACUAUCAAAACCAAUUUUAUCUUUUGGCAGGUUUAUGAUGAUACAAGUGAGGGUAAGAAGGUUUGCACUUACUACAAAAUCGAAUCUGCUCCUGUUACCCUUGUAAUUGACCCCAUAACAGGACAAAAAAUGCGUUCAUGGUCUGGCAUGGUACAUCCUGAUCGAUUACUGGAGGAUCUUCUGCCUUUCAUGGAUGGCGGUCCAAAAAAUCACCAUACCUCACUCUCUCAUAAACGGCCAAGAGAAAGUUCUCAUGCUGCUGCUCCAAAAGUCCAGGUUGAGACCAAUGAAGAGGAUGAGGAAUUGCAACGAGCUCUUGCUGCAUCAAUGGAGAAACAUCCAGAUGAAGUAGCUUCCGAAGAAAAAAAUGCAGUUGCUGCCGACAUGGAAAAAGAAACAUGCUCUACAAAGAAGCCUGUGUAUCUCCCCCUUCCAGAAGAACCCAAAGGAGACAGAAAUAUACUUUGCCGUGUUGGAUUUCGUCUCCCUGAUGGAAGAAGGGUUCAGCGGAACUUUUUGCGUACUGACCCAAUACAGCUGUUGUGGUCGUUCUGCAGCUCCCAGCUCGGAGAGGCUGAGACAAGGCCGUUCCGCUUGACACAUGCAAUUGGAAUCCCUGGACCUGCAAAAUCUCUGGAAUAUGAUAGCAAGUUGACCUUUGAAGAAUCAGGGGUCUCAAACUCUAUGAUCUCAGUUACCUGGGAAUAAAGACGAAUAUGUUGCUCUCUUGUUUUAAUUCAUAGUAUGGCUCAUGGCUGAGAGCUCAAGCAGACUUGUUAUUGAAUCAGUUAUCUUGCUGUUCUGCUCCGCCUUUUGUUGGUCGUAAUUUGUUUGUAAAACACAUCAUGAUAGGAAGAACUAUGAAGCUAGCUUAUUAUUUGUUAUUUAGUGAAUAUGUAUAUACUUCUUGCCAAAAAAAAAAAUGAUAGAAGGGUACUAUAGACUGCUCCCUUUUCUUUUCACACACUGGCCCUCUUUUUUUAUAUCAGUCUUUAAAUUCUCAA